ACUCGCGGCAGCCGCUAAAGAAUGCGGCGUUUAUAGUGAGACAUAUGUUGUAACUGUACACCAGCGAGAGGAUACCUCUUCACGCAUCGGCGCUUCCACACCCGAGGCGAUUCUACCAGAGUUGUGGUUACAAUCAUUUAGAAACCAGCGAUCAUGGAAGGAACAACUGAUAGUAAUGGAGUGGUUGAACAACAAACUAGCAGUCAGGAACAAGAAUCUAUAAAUGCACAACAAAGUGCAAGCGAAGAACAACAGAAUAAUGAACAACAAGAAAGUGCAAGUGAAGAACCACAAGUUGCAGAUCCUGCAGUAACUGAAGAACAACAAGUUACAAGUGAACCAACAACAGCUAAAGGGAAAGCCAAUGAAUUAGAAUACAACCUUGUAUCUGUAGCAGAUUUAGUUGACAAGCAAAGUGUUGCAGUGGAUGGUGACGACACAAUACGAGCGUCUCCACUCAUGAAACCGGGCAAACCGACGGCUUAUCUUGAAAAAGAUGUGACGACGUUGCAUGAGAUAUUCAUGCGCGGUGUUAGAGAAUCAGGUAAUAGUCCUUGUCUCGGCCACCGCCCCGGGGCUGGUCAACCGUAUCAGUGGAUCACCUACAAUGAGGUACUAACGAAGGCCCAACAUUUUGGAUCAGGACUUGUGCACGAGGGCGCCAAAACGCAACCGGAACAAUUUAUUGGAAUCUUCUCGCAGAACCGAGUUGAAUGGAAGAUAACUGAACAAGCCUGUAACUCAUUCUCGAUGGUGGUGGUUCCCCUUUAUGAUACUUUGGGUCCACAAUCCAUUACCCACAUUAUGACGCAAUGCGAAAUCCAAAUAAUUGUCGUCGAUACAAAUGUAAAGACGAAGAAUCUUUUGGCGGCAGUGAAAGGUGGUAAGUUCGCCGUGACGUUGAUAAUCACCAUGGAAACCCCCGAUGACGAAGCAAAAUCUUUUGCUGAGUCAGCCAAUGUUCGUUUGAUGACGUUUGAACAAGUGGAGGAAGUUGGCAAGAAUAAUUUGAAGGAAUUUGUUCCACCCAAACCCGAGGAUCUCCACACGAUUUGCUACACAAGCGGAACCACCGGCCUACCCAAGGGUGUCAUGCUCACACAUGGAAAUGUGGUCGCUAACAUAUCCGGGGUGUACGCCGUAGGAGAAAAGACAUUCCUCGGUAUGUCGUCAUCUGAUGUCUACAUCUCAUACUUACCACUAGCUCACGUGUUUGAACGACUGAUGGCCGCACAGAUGUAUUUUCUUGGGGCAAGGGUUGGAUUCUUCCAGGGUGAUAUUAAAUUACUGCUUGAUGACGUAGGGGAAUUGAAACCAACAAUAUUCGCUAUGGUGCCGAGGUUGAUUAACAAGAUAUAUGACACGGUAUGGGCUGGAGUUGCGCAAUCAACCAUUAAAAGAUUCCUUCUCGAAAAAGCUUUGAAAUCAAAACUCGCGAAACUUGAACGGGGAAUUGUUACCAAAAAUACAAUAUGGGAUAAAAUUGUUUUCAAGAAACUCCAGAACCGACUUGGUGGUAAAUGCAGAGUGAUGGUAACAGGGGCUGCCCCUGUGUCGUUGGAGGUCAUCAACUUUAUGAGGGCGGCGCUUGGCGUCAACUUUACUGAAGGUUACGGACAAACUGAAUCGUCCGCCGCCCUCUCGGUAUCUGUACCUGGAGACUUCUUCUCUGGAAGCGUCGGUACACCGGUUGUGUGUAACAUGAUUAAGCUGGUUGACGUGCCGGAGAAAGAUUAUUACGCCAAGGAGGGAAAAGGAGAGGUUUGCGCGAAAGGUCCGAAUAUCUUCGUUGGUUAUUACAAGGAUCCUGAUAAGACAAAGGAGACACUUGAUGAAGAUGGUUGGUUGCAUACGGGAGAUGUUGGAAUGUGGUUGCCCAACGGGUCGUUGAAGAUAAUCGACCGCAAGAAGAAUAUAUUCAAGUUAGCUCAAGGUGAAUAUAUUGCACCGGAGAAAAUUGAGGGAAUUUUAACCCAGUGUCCAGCUGUGGCACAGGUUUAUAUUCACGGUGAAAGUUUGAAAGCAUCGUUGAUCGUCAUCGCUGUUCCCGAUCCCGAUGCUAUGGUUACCUGGUGUAAUGGCAAGGGGGUCAGUGGUGGGUAUGAGGAGCUAUGCAACAAUACUGAUGUGAAGAAACUUGUCCUUGAAGAUAUGUGCGCCCUUGGUAGGAAGAGGGGACUCAAGUCGUUCGAACUCCCGAAGAAAAUCCAUCUUUCCCCGGAAUUGUUUUCGGUUGAGAAUGAACUUUUGACCCCAACCUUCAAAUCUCGUCGCCCCCAACUUUUGCAUCGAUAUAAAGCAGAGAUUGAUGAAAUGUACAAAGACCUCGAUUAAUAUUAAUAACCUUGCUUUCUUGUAUAUAAACGCAGCUUUGUGAAUAUUUAAAUUUAAUUAUCGUUAUAAUAAAGUAACUUGGAACACUA